CCGUUGUUUCCAAAGAUUAUACGAAGAGUUUUGUGAAAAAUGUCCGACGACAAGCCUGCUCCGAAGACGGACUACAAACUGGAACCGGACUCAGAGUUGCGUUUCGAGAUAGAGACCAAAAAUGAGAAAGCAACAGUUGUCCUGUUAAACGGACAGGCAGAAAUGUUCGGCACGGAGCUGGUCGUGAAGAAACCGUAUGAAUUCCUUACCGGUGCCAAGGUGGCGAUUUUCACUUACCACGGCUGUACGAUCGAGCUGCGCGGUAAACCGGAUGUCGCCUACGUUGCCAAGGAGACGCCAAUGGUGAUGUACCUGAAUGCAAACUCGGCCCUCGAGCAUCUCCGGGGCAAGGCCGAAAAGGAGGAUGCGCAAGGACCGAUCGUGAUGGUCGUAGGACCAACGGAUGUGGGCAAAACCACGUUGUGCCGGAUAUUUCUGAACUACGCGGUCCGUCUAGGUCGUCGCCCGAUUUACGUCGAUCUCGAUGUAGGCCAAGGUGGUAUCGCUAUUCCUGGCACGAUCGGUGCGUUGCUAGUCGAACGACCGGCUCCGGUGGCCGAGGGUUUCUCACAGCAGGCCCCACUCGUGUAUCACUACGGUCAUAACACUCCUUCCGCGAACAGCACCUUCUACGAUGUGCUCAUCUCGAAGCUGGCCGAAACCACACUCGAGCGAUUACAGGCCAACAAGAAGGCCAAAUCAUCGGGAAUGAUUAUCAACACUUGCGGUUGGGUCAAAGGUUCGGGCUACUCGCACAUCCUGCACACCGUAACUGCCUUCGAGGUGACCGCUAUUUUCGUACUGGACCAGGAGCGCCUCUACAACGAGUUGCUACGAGACGUGAAGCGAAGUGUCCAGGUUGUGUUUCUGCCGAAAAGUGGUGGAGUUGUCGAACGAACUAAAUCCCAGCGGAACGAAUCACGAGACCAACGUAUUCGAGAGUACUUCUAUGGUUCCAAGAUGCCACUAUUCCCGCACAGCUUCGACGUUAAGUUUUCCGAUAUAAAGAUCUUCAAGGUGGGGUCCCCACCACUGCCGGACUCCUGCUUGCCGUUGGGCAUGAAAGCCGAAGACAACUACACCAAGCUAGUGGCCGUCGUACCUGGGCCCCAGUUGCUGCACCACAUUCUGGCGGUCAGUUUUGCCGAGAGCACCGACGAAAACGUGAUACAGACGAAUGUGGCUGGAUUCAUUUGUGUGACGAACGUGAACAUGGAGAAGCAAGUGCUAACUAUCCUGUCGCCCCAGCCCCGACCACUGCCUCAAACUAUUCUCCUCGUUUCGGACCUACAGUUUAUGGACAGUAAUUGA